AUGACAACCGUGAUCGAAACCUGUCGUAUUCCGCCUUCACUAGGCGCCGCCACCGAGCUGUUCCUGCCGCUCUCUUUCUACGACAUGACUUGGCUGCAUCUCAAUCACACCCGCCGCCUCGUCUUCUACAACCACACAUGUUCAGAAGCCGAAUUCUCCAACACCGUUGUUCCAAACCUCAAGCACUCUCUCUCUUUAACUGUCAAACACUAUCUCCUUGUCGCCGCAAAUCUCCUCUACCCUUCCGACACCGACGCCAAGAAACCGGUUUUCCGGUACAUCUCCGGCGACUCUGUCCCGCUCACGAUCGCCGUUUCCGGCCUCGAUUUCAACGAGCUCGUCGCGAAUCAUGCUAGAGAAGCUGAUCAGUUCUAUGACCUCCUUCCUCGGACGCCGGCAAUGUCCGAGGAAGAAAAUUACAAAAUUAUCCCUCCCAUCUCUCUGCAGGUGACUCUCUUUCCGGGCCGGGGAAUCUGCUUAGGUUUGAGCAAUCACCAUAGCCUCGGCGACGACAGAUCAAUCAUCGGGUUCGUAAAGGCGUGGGCUGUGAUCAACAAAUCCGGCGAUAGUGAGGCGUUAAUUUCUAGAAACAGAGAAUCUCUGCCGGUUUUCGAGAGACCAAUUUGCAAAGAUUCUAGUAGAGUUGACAGAAUAUAUUGGGAAGCAAUGAAGAAGCGUCCUUUAAAGCCAGCGGCGACGCAUCCAUUGCCGACCAAUAGAGUGAGAGCUUCGUUCAUCCUCCGCCAAACCAACAUAAAAACGCUCAAGAAUCUGAUCUUCUCGGCGAGGCCGAACAUAGAUCGAGUCUCCACUUUUGUGGUUGCAGCAGCCUAUGUCUGGGCCACCUUCGCUAAAUCCUUGGGCCCCGCUGGACAUGAAGAUGAGGUGUUCUAUAUUGCGGCUGACGGCACGGGGCGGAGGAACGCUCUGUUCGAUCCACCAGUGCCGGUGAAUUACUUCGGCAAUUGCUUAGGGACCGGGAGGGUGAGAGUGGAGCAUCGGAAGCUGGCGGCGGAGGAUGGAUUCGUUGCGGCGGCGGAGGCUAUUGUUGAUGAGAUAAAGACCAAAAUCUACGACGGGGAUGAGUUUCUUAAGAGCCCGGAGAGUCUGUUUACGGAGUUGCCGAAAUAUAAGGGCAUGAGGGCUUUUGCGAUGACUGGCUCCCCCAAGUUCGAUUAUGCGGAGGCGGAUUUCGGAUGGGGGGAGGCGGAGAAGGUGGAGUUUCUGUCGUUGGACGAGGGAUAUUCGAUGUCGUUGUCCAACUCCGGUGAUGGCGAUUUGGUCGUCGGUAUGUCGUUGACCAAGGAGGAGAUGGAGGCUUAUGCUUCUAUGUUUGCAAGUGGACUCUCUCCAAAGCAACGCCGCCUUCUCCGCCGGCAACCUCUCCCCUCCAACCACGUCCUCUACUCCAACCGCUCCGCCGCCUACGCUUGCCUCCACCAAUUCAUCGAAGCUCUUUCCCACGCCGAGAAGACCGUCGAGCUCAAGCCCGAUUGGGCCAAGGGCUACUCCCGCCUCGGCGCCGCGCACAUGGGCCUCCGUCGCUACGCCGACGCCGCCUCCGCCUAUAAAAAGGGCCUCCAGAUCGACCCUUCCAACGACGCCCUCAAGUCCGGCCUCGCCGGCGCCGAGCGGCCCGACGAACCCCUUCGGCAAGGCAUUCGGGCCCGAGAUGUGGGUGAGGCUGGCGAGCGAUCCCAGCACGAGAGUAUCUCCAGCAGCCCGAUUUCGUGA